UCACCGCAGAUGGGUCUGUUUCACAGCAGAAGGGCUCCUUGGGACAUGUUUACACCUCAGCUUGGGGGAUGUCCCAUGCACAGGGGUUCGUCACAGGAGGAAAAGAAGAGUAUGCCAUUUGGGAAGAUGAAUGCCAGCAGCUACUCCACAGCGAUGACGGAGCCCAAGUCUGUGUGUGUCUCCGUGGAUGAGGUGGUCUCCGGCAACAUGGAAGCUACUGAGACGGAUCUGCUGAAUGGACACCUGAAAAAGGUGGAUAACAACCUCACAGAGGCCCAGCGCUUCUCGUCCCUGCCCCGCAGGGCGGCCGUGAACAUUGAGUUCAAGGACCUCUCCUACUCAGUCCCCGAAGGACCCUGGUGGAGGAAGAAAGGAUACAAGACCCUCCUGAAAGGGAUUUCCGGGAAGUUCAACAGCGGGGAGCUGGUGGCCAUCAUGGGGCCGUCCGGGGCUGGGAAGUCCACGCUCAUGAACAUUCUGGCUGGAUACAGGGAGACCGGCAUGAAGGGGGCCGUGCUCAUCAACGGCCUGCCCCGGGACCUGCGCUGCUUCCGGAAAGUGUCCUGUUACAUCAUGCAGGACGACAUGCUGCUGCCACACCUCACGGUGCAGGAGGCUAUGAUGGUAUCUGCACAUCUGAAGCUCCAAGAGAAGGACGAGGGCAGGAGGGAGAUGGUCAAGGAGAUCCUGACGGCUCUGGGCUUGUUGUCUUGCGCCAACACGCGGACCGGAAGCCUCUCUGGCGGCCAGCGGAAGCGCCUGGCCAUCGCCCUGGAGCUGGUGAACAACCCUCCUGUCAUGUUCUUCGAUGAGCCCACCAGUGGCCUGGACAGCGCGUCCUGCUUCCAGGUGGUCUCCCUGAUGAAAGGACUGGCUCAAGGAGGGAGGUCCAUCAUCUGCACCAUCCACCAGCCCAGCGCCAAGCUCUUCGAACUCUUUGACCAGCUUUAUGUCCUUAGUCAAGGACAAUGUGUGUACCGGGGAAAAGUCUCAAAUCUUGUACCGUACUUGAGGGAUUUAGGUCUGAACUGCCCAACCUAUCACAACCCAGCUGAUUUUGUCAUGGAGGUCGCAUCCGGCGAAUACGGCGACCAGAACAGCCGCCUGGUGAGAGCCGUCCGGGAGGGCAUGUGUGACUCUGAGCACAGGAGAGAGCCUGGGGGGGAUGCCGAGGUGAACCCUUUUCUUUGGCACCGGCCCUCUGAAGAGGUAAAGCAGACAAAACGAUUGCAGGGGUUGAGAAAGGACUCCACCUCCAUGGAGGGCUGCCACAGCUUCUCGGCCAGCUGCCUCACCCAGUUCUGCAUCCUCUUCAAAAGGACUUUCCUCAGUAUCAUGAGGGAUUCGGUCCUGACGCACCUGCGGAUCACGUCUCACAUUGGCAUCGGCCUCCUCAUCGGCCUGCUGUACCUGGGGAUUGGGAACGAGGCCAAGAAGGUCUUGAGUAACUCCGGCUUCCUCUUCUUCUCCAUGCUCUUCCUCAUGUUUGCAGCCCUCAUGCCCACCGUUCUCACGUUUCCCCUGGAGAUGGGAGUAUUUCUUCGGGAACACCUGAAUUACUGGUACAGCCUGAAGGCCUACUACCUAGCCAAGACCAUGGCCGACGUGCCCUUCCAGAUCAUGUUCCCCGUGGCCUACUGCAGCAUCGUGUACUGGAUGACGUCACAGCCGUCUGACGCCGUGAGGUUUGUCCUGUUCGCCGCGCUGGGCACCAUGACGUCCCUGGUGGCGCAGUCCCUGGGGCUGCUGAUCGGAGCUGCAUCCACGUCCCUGCAGGUGGCAACCUUCGUGGGACCCGUGACGGCCAUCCCCGUCCUCCUCUUCUCGGGGUUCUUCGUCAGCUUCGACACCAUCCCGACUUACCUGCAGUGGAUGUCAUAUAUCUCCUACGUCAGGUACGGCUUCGAAGGGGUCAUCCUGUCCAUCUACGGCCUGGAUCGAGAGGACCUGCACUGUGGCAUCGAUGAGACGUGCCACUUCCAGAAGUCGGAAGCCAUCCUGAGGGAGCUGGACGUGGAGGAUGCCAAGCUCUACCUGGACUUCAUCGUUCUGGGGAUUUUCUUCAUCUCCCUGCGCCUCAUCGCCUAUUUCGUCCUGAGAUACAAAAUCCGGGCGGAGAGGUAAAACACCCGAGUGCCAGGAGACAUGAACAUAGACAUCGCGGCCCAGGGCCACUUGUAGAGCCACAGGGACCCCUGCCACCCAGCCCCCGGCCGCGCACUCCGUCGCGGGUGUCGUGCUGCCCGUCCGCGCCCAGCCGGCUGGGGUCCUGUCUCCAUCUCCCUUUCCGGCUUCACCUGGGAAGAAGGUGUAGAAAGAUGUCGUGUCCUCGUUGCACAAUUGAACGCCGCGGCGGCCAGGCAGGCGGGGGCCAGCGGCAGAGCGGAGGCCGGGCGGCCGGGGAGGAAGGCCCACGCCAGUGGCAGCCUGGCCUCCUAACGGUUUGCCUCCUGCUCCGGGGAGAAGUCAUUUUCCAAGCCAAAAGCCGAUAACUCUCAUUCAUUUUAAGAAACUGUAUCUUUUUAGUACCUGUUAAAGGAAAUUAUUCAGGGUAAAUAACACACUUUGCUUAGAGAUACGAGGGGUGUGACGAAGCCGCGGAGCUGGUCUCGUGUUCAGGCAGGACUUGUGACAGACGCAGGCGGGGUCCCCAGCAGAGAGGGGGCUCUGGGGCUGCACGCGUUUCCGAAAGUACAGAAAGCUGGAGGGUGCCAUCGGCCAGCCUUCCCAAAGCCUUUUCUCCCCCCUGCACCCGCCCCGUGCCGCUUAUUUUAAGCAAAAAUAUAUCGUUUAUUUCUUCCUAACUUUCUGAACACCUGAAUUUUGCUAAAAAAUGUCUAGAAGAUCAGCCUUGUUGAUUUUUUUACACACCUGUCCCUCUGCUUGCGUAUCACAUCAACUACCUCCGCGGGAGCUGGGAAGCUGAGUGGGCGGCAAAGCUGGGAGGGGCCCACGGAGGGCGGCAGGGGUGCGGGGGCGAGGGAGCCCACUGCGGCGGGGGAGGCAGGUGGAAGGCAUCUGAGGCCUCAGGAGCAACCGGCAUAGACCGCGUGGCCCCGGUGCCCGUGGCUUGGUCAGACAGGGCGCAGGGUACUGGGCGGUGCCACCUCCCGGGUCCUGUGUCCGUGACAUCUCCUCCUUGUUGGCGCUGCGCUCAUGUCGAUGUCAUAGACCAGAAGCUCCUUCUUCCCGGUGAUGGAAUCACAGAAGCAAAAUCCAGCAGCGGUGGCAGGUGCAGCUGCGAGGUCAGCGGCCCCUGGCUUGCUGACUGGCGCCUGUGUGCCUGCCAGCUGUCAGAGGCGACCGUAGGGAGACGUAGGGAAGGCCAAGGAGGGAACAGCUGCUUCCCGCUUGGAAACUCACCCCCCGGGGGGCUGGGGUCCCCUGGCGAUGGACUGUUUCCUGGGCACGCUUGUCUCCUCUCUGAGUCUCCGUCUCCUCCUCUGAACAGCCCGCUUUCAGCUCUACAAGGCUCUUCAACUCUUUGGGUUUUUUUUCCCCAAAGCUCCUAUUUUCCACUUUAAGAGAAGGGAAAGAGUUCGAAUUUUACUCACAUCCAGAUCUGACUGGCAAAUGCUUAGCGAUCCCUCUUUCACCCUUCGAUCCUCUAUGGUGAACACGCUCGCGCAUAUUAAAAUGUAACUUUUGAGUUUCAGUGUUCUGCGCAAAUGCGGCAUUACCUUCCAGAUUAAGUCAUCUACCCCGGAUCUAACUUAGGGGGUAUAAAGAGCUUUCAUUUAAUUGCACGAUAGAUUUGCUUGCAAGAUGUCACAGGUAGGGAGACCCGUCUAGGAACAGCCUGGUGAAAUGGGGAGGGGGACGCAGGGGGACGGCGGCGACCACCCUCCGCGUCACAGCAGGUGUGGUCAGGACCUCCAUCCCUCCGGGUGGGCCCGUGGGCUGCAGGUCCGUGGCCUGCAAGGAGGGAAGAGCCUGGAGCCGCGCCGCCAUCCCCGCCAACAGGCAGCUCGCCCCCCGCACCGAGCCCGCCGUGUCCCGUCUCAGCCAUUUCAGAAGCAAACAGUGAGAUGGCUCGAGAUGGCAGAUCUGGUUUCCAACUCUACCUGCGCCCUCAGAAGGAAUCAUUUCCCUAGGAGUUCGUGCCUCUCGCAUUUCAAUUUUCCGCGGUUGAUAAAUCGCAUCCGUCCCUUUUAAUAGAUGAACUAAGCGGGGACGUGAGGCUGUCGGCUGCUUCAAGGGAAACGCAUAUGUGAAGUAACAGGGUGGCCUUUGAAGGGCGCUGACUGGUGUGUGGUGGCGAGUAUGCCCCUGUCACCAGGCAGGAGGAUUUGCUUAGAAAGACGGUCCAGGUGCUCAGGUGUGGAGCGAGGCUGUGUCAGCUUCAUGGGCAAGUGCCCCUUGCUGUCACCUUCUCUUACAAACCCUCGGCAGCGGCGGCACUGAUGCAAAGGUGUGUGCUUUGCAUCCCCAGGGAGUCAGAUAAAACAUCUCAUUCCAAUGGCCUAGGGUGACGUCCAAACACCCUACUGAUUUGUUGUUUUAAAUCGCCGUGGCGAAGAGGUAGGUGGCCGCGCGCUGUCUUUCAUGCACAGGGACGGAAAGCAGGCCGCCCGCCGGGUUUCUGAACGUGACGCCCCAACAUAUUCCUUUCAUCCCUGCUGGCGGUUCUUGGUUUAGAAGGAAGAAUGAAAUCUUGCAUGAACGACGAGCAGCCUCUCCCGUGUUUGUUAGCGGAGGCGGGAGUGAGGCCGAAGGAUAUCACUUUUAAGUGAAGUUUGUCGGGAGAGAAGGGGGGGCAGCCGGGACGCCGGCCACUGCUCCCACUCCUGCUCCUGCUCCAGCCGCAGGGCCAGGGCUCUGGGACCUGCCGCCUGCAUCCACACUCAGAGCACGUUUUGCCACCCUUGCUCCUGCCCUCGCUGAGUAUGAGCCAGAGAGGCCAGCUCUUCAAAGGGUCCUGCGUGGGUGCCGUGGGAAGCAACCCGGGGAAACAUCUUACAUAGAAGAUGCUGGAAUCUGCCAAAGUCGUCUUGGGUGAGGGGCCUUCCAGGCCAGCAAACAGAACCGAAGCUUUUAGGUAAAAUCUCCUCCUAGAGCCCCACAGUGAGGCCAUGGCCCCACCCUGAGAAGGGCGCUACCAGGAGGUCAGGGACAGGUGUGGUGUUUCCCCGCCAGGUGUCCCGGGCCCUGCAUCCGGGGCCACCCCGGUCCUUUGCUCAUCCGCUCACUCUGCAAACACGGUGGUUGGCCCUCCGCACGUGCGUGGUGCUGUCCCAGGCCCCGGGGACCCAGAGGAGGGAACCCAGAUGUGGCCUGGCCUCCAGUGCCGCAGGCAGGAGGGGAUGUACUCAUUCUGUGGGUGCAGAACCCAGGGCUGCGGGAGGGCAGGUGAGGUCCCAGGUCCCACCCCAGGGAAGAGCGCAGCUGGAAUUUGAGCCACGGUCUGACCCCAGAGCCUUUUUUUUUUCCGCUUUGCCUUAUUGCCUCCUGUUUGUAACGUCCAAAUACACACGAAAAUAUUUUGUAAAGCAUAGAGUGCAAUACUAGCUUAGUGGCUACUCAUCACAGACUUGCUGUCACCAAGCAGAAGGCUGAGGUGGGAGGAUGGCCCAUGCCCCUAGCCCCCAGUCACCUGGCAUGGGGUGUCCCUACCGGCCUGGAGGCUGAGCUGACUUCCGUCUCGCAGAGAGGUGCCUCCCUCUGCCCUUGCCUGGUCUUGGCUUCUUAACGCAGCGUGCCUGAGGACUCGCUCGGGCUGGGGCGGGCUGCGGGGUGUGCGUGUGCAUGAGUGCACACACACGUGCGGGCUUGCUCCAGGUGUGGGUCUCAUAGUGUUUUUCUGCAGUGUUUGCUUCGCCUCUAAAUUCUCGGUCAUCCUUUACUCCCAGAAGAAGAAAUCCCCUCACUUUGUGCCUGCCGAGCAGAUGGUUACGAGUGUAGUUAAAACCCGCUGAGGCUUUCGUCACAUCCCCGAACGCCCAAGGCGGGGAGGUGCAGGGUGUGUGAAUGUGAAGUUAGAUGCUUUUAAGAAAGCAAGACUGCUAAUAAAAUAUUUUAUAUAAAACGUU